AUGCAGGUGCCUAAUCGACUGUCACUUGCAUUUUCGGACUUCCCUUCAAAUGAAGAUAUUUCCGUUAUGGAAAUCCCACACCACAUUGUCGUUGGUCGCGCGAGUGCCCCGACUUCCGACUUCUCUUAUGGUAAGUUUAUUUUAAGACCAUAGAUUACUCAUUUUUGUUAGUCGGCCUGCCCACCGUGGUGCUCGACUCUAAUAUCAUAUGAUAUUACUCGACGGGUCGGUGAGGCGAGAAAUGUUGAACAACCUUCCGUAGGGACCAAAACCCCCACUAAAUCUUUACCGCGAAUCGAAGUUCAAGUGGAGGCGAGUGAGAAGGACGACUGUGAAAGCAUUGGCGGCCGCAUAGGAGAGGUUUAUGCUACGCCAGCUAUUAUACAGCGAUGUCCUGCUGUUGUUGAAGACGGGUUUUGCCACGGUCUUUAGGUGCGGUUUUAGUCUCAGAACGAAGGCCAGAAUGUCAUGUAGUCUUUCAACUCUUACAAUUGCACCAUUGUAGCAGUUGGAGCAGUUCUCUGCCGGACUCGAGUUAUACGCAAUUGUUGACUUUUGAUGUACAGUCACAGUCCACAUUACACCGCGUCACCGUCCAUAGUUUCACAUGACACUACUGAUGGAAAUGUAGUCCUUAUAUUCCGGCAUACGCUGUAUCUCUACUUUUCGUUCUGGUGGAACCGACCUGGUAUUUGUCACCCAGUUCAAUGGCCGGUUAGUACUGGAAUACCGGAUUUCAUACUGCCAUGGAACUUCAGGAGCAUGCUUCCACCACCCCAGUUCUUAGCCUGUCCUUCCCGUGUCUCUCCGAUCCCCAAGGUAAUGGCCACAAAAAGGAUAUGCACUUCUGAUCCAAGAUCACGACGUCAUAGGGACGUCAUAGAACUACCACAUUUCCUAAGACUAUUGGUUUGCCACAGCUCUCCCCUCCACAUCAUGAUCACAUUUAUGUUUUUGUAAGCAGCCGUUUCUUCAUCGAGUGCCAUCUUAAUCGUUCCGCAACUAGUUUUCCACUUUUUGUUACCUGUUGAUGAGCCGGAUAACCAGAUCGUGAGCGUCCUGGGACUGUCCUCCUGGACUCUGUUAAGGGCAUCAAGAAUCCUCACGUGUUGUCGCGCAGUGUUGGAAAAUUUGUUGAUUUGUCUGAGGAAGCAGAAGGCUUCAACAGGCUUUCACUAAACGUUAGGCCGAUUACGGACGUUUAUGCCUUUCUCAUCUUAGUAGUCUAGAGAUCUCUGACAAGUGCCAAUCGUCACCAUUCUUAACUCCAUUUACUAUCCUACUUAUCAUUUGUUUUUCCAUUGUUGUCCCACGCAACUUGCGUGUGGUCCCUCUAGCAGUCUCUCUGCCUAACCUCGUAAGCUUUACUUGCCGUUCUUUCACAACUUUACGAAUAUACUCGUAUCACCUUUGUGACGACCAUUUUGCUAUGCUUUUAUCUGACCAAAGACUCACAAGGCAUGCGACCCGUUGCCGAGAAACAAUUACUCACUUUCAGAUAGUGUUGACCGUUGACAUUAUCCAUCUGGACUAUUCGGUCAUUGUCCCCCUGAUAUGGAUGCCGCGUGUAGACUGUUCAAACCAAUUUUGCUGUGUUCCAUGCCCACUGACGUUUGAGUCGACUGAUUCCUCCACGUUUUCCGUCCUUUUAAGCUAGGUUUUCAUUUCGUGUAACUGUUGAGACCGAGCAGAAAUGACCUAUAUUACACGUUGAUGCCACGCGACGUUGUAGGUAAAUAUCACUACGGGCUGAGCAUGGUUUACUUCUUCUACAUUUACUCGACUUACCUAGUCGACCUCAACAGCAUUGCGCGCAUCGCUAUUCCAAACGCUGCAAUUUUCAACGACGCAUAUCUCGAGUUAUGUGCACCGUCUUUUUCCAUGGCUAAUACCGAAUAUUUCGGACCCAGAACCUGUCUCAAAAUUGAACGAAUUACAUGGAGUCAGAUGUCAAGUUCAUCCCCCAAUUCACUGUACCCCGAGAAGAGGCGUCAUGAGAUUCAGGACAGUGCUACCGAGAGAAAAAAGACUGCACGAAAACUGUGCAUAAAUUAACGAGGCGUAGCGACCAAGGGUCCAUUAUUGGUCCAUAGGUGCCUAUGAGGGCGAGCAAAAACUACAGAAACGGCGGUCUCGGCCUCUGGACACUGUGUUAGCUUGUAACUAUUUAAAACUACUCAUUUCUUCAAGGUGGCAAACGUUUUGCACAAGAAUUGCCUAGCCCGAAAGUAGGAUGCUUUACUGCCUUUACCGCUUUUUUUCCAAAGUCGCGCUUCUUUACCCAUCAAGAAUGCUUUGCUAGUAUAGUCGAAGUUGGUCAGAUAAUAUCAAGGCGCAAGUUCGCUCUAACCAAUGACACGAUAGUUGUCAUCAAGCAGCUAGAACAAUCGAAAUUCCCAUCUCUUCAGUCUUUCGCUAGUUGCAUUUAACGUGCCACUUGUCCUCUCCCCACCCUUGCGUUUCUGUCACACGGACACAGUAUUUUUGCCAGCAGAAAUCCUCGUUUCUCUGACCGUGAUACUGCUAUAAAUAAGCUGUUUUUUCCACAUUAAUGUCUAAUAGGGGAUUUAUGGUCUUACACUUUAAAUUGGGAGAUUUUAAAAUGUAUCGCGAUUAAAUACAAGCAAAUGUUGCAAAGAAAUGACAGAACGUUUUUCCAAUGCAUCGCUUGAGAUACUACCUCAAGUCGGGUUCAUUCACCUCCGCCAUCCCGCGCCCUUGAACCGCUCGCCUUAAUAUGAAAUACAGACCAGCAUUCGGGUCGAGUUUAUGUUAAACGGUGUUAUUGACCCCCCAGCCCUCUCUAGAAGAGUAGAGGAGCUUUGCGACAAUCAUAUUGUGCUGAGUAACCCGUUUUCACUGUUUGGAGUUGCAUGUGGUUGACGGCUGUUUAUUACACGACUUGCGUGGCCGCACUUCCAUACCAGUAUACUCUGUUCCACGGCAGCUAUCUUCAUGUUAUUUAAUCGCACAUGCUAGUCAAUUUUCAUAUCCCUAGUUGUAGGUGCCAUUGGCACUUCAUAAACGAUUUGUUCGUUGUCCUUGUGAGUCCGGCCGCUCAUAGGUUUUCACAGUAAAGUUGUCUUCCGAUAGUAGUCUGUAGGCACGUACAUGCAGUGCCUAAUACCAACACUGAUGCAACAGCCCACAGAACGGAUUUGUGUCCUGUAAAAAGUUAAAAUGGCUUUCAGAUUUCAGAAGGCCAAACGCGCUAGAGGGGAUUUUAUGGUACCUUGGAAUUUAAAAACGGCACUUGUCAACCACCAGCUUAUUUACUUCACCGCGGGCUAGUAAGCUAGCUUCUAGGACAAGGGAAACGCGCUCGUUUUUCUCACACGCAGCGUAACCACUGUUCCGCAGCGAUGCAUACCAUCUGGGACUUUUGUGUCCGAUCUCAAUUGUCCCUCUAGCUGGGAAUCCUGCAUAUUAGAGCUGAGACCGGACAAGGACUAGCCGCCUCGUACUUUCCUGCGUAAGGGUCAGCACCAAAACAAAGUUGCAGUCAUCCAGGUCAUUGCACGCACCGUUGCCUACUCCGAUGGCAGCCUCGUGUUCGGUGGUCUAUUUACACUUCCACCACUUUGCUGGUUUAAAAAUGUCAGAGAUUCUCUAAGGCCUCUCUCGCCCCGCUCCUGUACGAAUCUGGAACUUCACUAACCCGUACGCAGUGGCCUAGUCACUUCAGUUUUGCAAUUUCCAGACAUUUGCAAUCUUGGUAUAUAAUUGUGCUGACCUGAGAAUGCAUCGGAAACUCCCUCUUGGCGAGCCUUUUUCAGGAUAAUUUAAUGUGAGUCGAGGCUUCAAUUGGUAUCUUUUUUCGAACAGAUCUGAACUUUUAUGUAGCUAGUGAAGUUACGCGAGUUUUAAUUCGCAUAACCCAAGUUUCGACUUGCAUAAGCCGAAGUAGAAUUCACCCUUUUAGUAUAGGGAAGUCCUUAUUAAUUUAGGCUCUCUGUCUGAGUAAGCAAAACUCGUCUCUCUAGUACCCAUUACAAUACUGAAAAAUCCCCUCGAUAUUCAUUUUGGGUCGUGCGAGCUUCAUAUGUUACUAUAGCUUCCGAAAAACGACUCCGAGAUAUAAACCCUCCAUCAGAAAGCGCACCGGGGACGCUGGGGACCCACGGAUGGUCCGAACCCCUCGCAGCCGUGCCAUGCAGCGGCAGACUAUCGGCGAACCACGCGUGUGGACUUUGUCAAGUAUGGUAUAUUGUACUAGCUAUGUGUGAAUUCCAGAGUAAAUUAAUUUCCAAAACCCAUUAGGAGAAGUGCAGCGCCCACGCGAUUUUCUGAGAUAGCAUGACCCAUCAUCUCCCGAUUCAUAUUUGAAUCAUUGCCAAUGAUUAACUCCGGGGCGCACGUUUUACGCAGAUUGGCAAUUUAAAGCCACUUAACUACUGUCUUUAAAACACAUUUAAGGAUGUCGGCCAAUUUUUACGAGUCUUGGUGUAUUCUGUGUUAAUGUACUUCCCCCAAAGACUCAAGCCGUAUUUGUAUGGAAUCAGAACAGGAGUUUCGGUUUUAAAAUCCGAAACCAAACUAACUUGAAUUUGGCACCACUAAAUCUAGGCACAGUGGAGGGAUACCAAUAAUAGACUUUUCGCAUCUGCUCGCGAAACAUACAAUAAUCAGAUGUUUACUGUUUGCAAGAAAGGUAACUUUACAAAACAUCAACUCACGUGGAAGAGAAGAUGCUAGUCCAGUGCCCUUAUUGCAAGCAUGUUUAUGGGGUACACAUGUAGGAGGAUCUAAUUGCCGAAUUGACGGUUGCACCCGGCACACUGCUGCACUAGAUGGCCAGUACGCGUCGCCCCAUCUGACAAUCAACCCUCAUCUGUGGACCAAUAAGACUCUUCGAUGCAGCAGCCUCCUCAGCUGGCCCUUCUUCCCCUACUGAGGGAAACAGGUGUGCGUACUACCCCGUGAUGCCUGUGUCGGUCAGCAGGGAGAGAACCGGUCGUGUUGCGACACAUACAGACGGGGUUUUAUGCACACAAUCUAUCGCCAUCGUCGACAUCUAUACAAUGGAUAAUGAAAGGAAAGGGGGAUCGGUGUUAUAUGAGUUCUCCUUAGUGCAAUCCAGUCCACGCAGAGGCUCUAUUUACCACCGCAUACCCACAACUAUUCUCUCGUUGCUCUAAUAAAAUACCCUGGAAUUGGAAUCGAACAUCAGACUGCUAAGAAGUCCUUGAACAAUUAAAGAGCGUGUGCCUGUGCAGAAGCAUCCGGGGGCACCAUCUGUGCGUUUUUGCUUGCUGGUAGCUGCGUACUCAACGUUACAGCAGAGUCAGACACGCAACAGAUUCUGGACCCCAUUCUCUCCGGAUACACAAACCUCAGACUGACCUGGGACCUGGACUCGCGGUCACUGACAAGGGUGGUCCCCGCGCUCCUUUUAGAUUUUCCUAGGCAACAGUCUCAAGGAUCAUAUAUGCUGAAGUCAGGACCUGGAUUUUCAAUGCUAGUUAUGCCUUUUGUAUGCCACAAUAUUUAGUAUGGGGCCACCGCGACUUCCUGAACAUCGGACUGAAGAGGUACAGGGCGCAAAGCUGGUUACGCCGCUCUACAGCGUAGAACCCCAGAGAGUACCAAACGUUUGUCUGACUUCAACUUCUCACUAUCGGUUUUAAUGUGAGCCGACAGAAGUGGAUCCCAGACAACCAGGUUGUAAAGUCUACACACACGCUUAGUGUCCUUGUAGCGUUUAGGCAAACCCAACUUGGAUGAUGUGGAUACGUCGUAAAGAUGCCAGCUGAAAAGAACUUCUAAAACGGCCAUUUUAUGGCGCUGCUGUCACUGGCGAUUGCAGACAAGGUGUACCGGAGAAGCGGUACAAGGGCCACCUUGAAAACCUCAAUCAGCUGCUUGUCUGCCAAUCAGAACUGGGAAAUUUAAACAGAUUGGGCAGAUGUUGCUAGAUUCCGUGAAAAAAGUGAAAAUACAAUCAAUAAGGCCAACUGCAUACCGAUUAAGGCGACGCGGCAAGAAUAUUACAUCGGAUUACUGAACAGCAACGCUGUCAACAUCUAGCACUUUCUCACGCGUCCACACCGCUCGUUGGCAUUAAGAGCUUAAUGACCUUGUAGGACAGUUUCUAAUCCAUCAUAACAAUCGUCUGGCCACUACGCUGACAAACGUUGCCCACAGCACACCAAACUGAGAGGCCACGCCAUUUGAAUCUGCAGAACUAAACACGAGAACAAGCAAACCAUGUUGGCUCGCCCGCCCGUGCGUUCGAGAUUGCACUGUGGGAUCCAGUGAAUGGGAAUCUCGAUCUUCCGGCUUGGGGACCUGGAUCCAUGUGCACUGUCCCAACUGCCACUUUACCUUGUCGGUUUUCGCAAUACUCCUACGCCUUUCUUGCUUGCUGGACGUCCACCCGCAGUCGUUAUUCCCCGUCCAAACAGCAGAAUAAUAAUCGACACUCAACGUCGCACACCAUCCACACACCAAACGCCAAGCUCCCCCACUCGCCACCAAAAUACUAAACAAUCUGUGGUUGAUGGCCAUCGUGGAGUACAACAGGUGAACUAUCAUCUGUACAAAGGGGACUAAGACGUGUCGGCCUCCGGACUUUCGCACUUGCGUGGUAACCCUCGCCGGAAGGAAUAAAAGACAGGAACAACCAAGCGCGACUGACUACCGCCAACGCUGAUGAAAACAAGGGGUAGAAGGUCCUUCAACAUGUCAAAUAGAUUACUUCCGGAUUUUUCAGCCUUCUGUGCAUAGGAACGACCUUUGUAGUGUCUCUUCGUGCGCGUACUCCUCCAGCAACGGAGUCGAGUCCUCCAUAAGGGACAUCUCCAUGGAUGAUAUGGGGGUAGAAUGGCUUGUCAUGCUACCGGCUUGUAUCAUUUCUUGAGCGUCUGUGUCUAAACUACAGAAAGGUUUGCUCGGUAGGAGAUUGACCGUGGUUACGACCAUUAUUAGAAAAUACAGAUGUUUACUUGUUCACUAUGCAAGGAGUUUCCCGCACGUUUUGACCGAUCGCCUCUCAAAUGCUUGCCUAAACAUUACUCUCUGCUCACGGGAAUCUGUGUACAGUCGCAGGGUAUGGGGUUCGGCUCGCAGUUUUAAUAAGCUGCACUUUAGUGUAAAUGAGGAGUGGCAAGGAAUUCCCAGGGUGGUCUUGCUAACCCCCCUGCGUAUUUUUUUGAAAAAUGUGAUCACUUUCUGGUUUUCCCCUUUCAAAGGUCCAAAACCUGCAGACACCUUCACACGUCCAAACCUUGAACCACCCCCCGAGACCAUGGUUCUGGGACAAGUAACCUAUCCAAGCAUUGACAGGAUCAGCCAUCGACGGAUUCCCACCGGCCCACUCUAUUCUAGUGAGGCCAGCCUCUUUCGGUAAGUAAACACAUUUGUCUUUUUACCCUGUCAUACCGUUCAGGUAUGCCAGAAUCUCGUAGACGCAGAUGUUCAUAAAUCUGUGUUCGUGCAUGUACUUGGUACAACUAUGAUCAUGCCCGAUCUGGCUGACCUUUUUGGUGUCGCGAAUUUCACCUCCUCACACGCGACGAUCUGCAGCGCAUAUCUGGAUUGCUCGACUUACCCUUUUCUCCACCGACGGAGACCGCAUUAAUGAGGCCCAGAACCACUUCCAUGUCUUGGAUGUCGAGUCAGGCUUUAAGUCGAUCUCCCAGGUAGGCAAGAGCACCAGAUCAAGGGUAGGAGCACUGAAUUCAUGAGACGGACGGCGAAGGACAUCCCCAAACUAGCUCAGUCAUCUUCCUUGGAUGCUCUUAGAUAUCCUCGCGACGUUGUCAGAGGGAGUGUGAACUGUCAUUAGAAACUAAGCCAAUGUGCCUCGCUCGUGAACUGUUUCUCAGGUAACAGUGGUCACUCACCUCCAGUUCUCGCGCAUCCUCCAUGCGCCCGGUUCAGCAUUCACAAUCUUAAAGGAGUUCUGACCGGGCAGUGGAGAUAUCUCUUCGAGUCCGUAGACACUUUCUACGGAUUGUGGAAGCCCCGCGAGCAGCGUCGAUCCAGGAGGCGAUAUAAUCCAUACCCCGUCCGUGCGGCAGUAGUCUCACCCCAGGGUAUUUGAAACUGUUUGCUUCAAAAUGACGGCCACCAAUCCCGAGGUGUCCCCCUAUUCUAGCGAAUAAACCAGAGUUGUAUCAAAACUACCAAGCGAUUUGUGAAGCUCCCUAAAAUUUAUGAUGGAGAGUUUAGUCACCACAACUGUCAGCAUCGUGUUUCCACUGGCGGUGGUCGUGAGGAGUCUUGUGGUUUCCUGUCCCGGCCGAUUUCAUUGUUUGACCUUUGCUCGAUCCGACUCUCCAAUGCAUGCUUACGUUUUAACCGACGACAGACAUGUUGAUGACGACCACAACCGCUUACAAGGCGAAGCAGAACUCGUGCAGUAUUGACCGAAUUCUGAAAUUGACCUCCUCACCGAACAUGGUUGCAUAUCUGAGACCUUGUCUAACCAAAGAUUUCCUGUUCCUUUGGAGACACGCGUGCGAGCCUCAGCGUGAGGAUUAGUCUGUAAUAAAUCAUUGGAAUGUGUUUCCGUUAUUCACACCAUCUCUUUCUUCUCCGCAGCAGUAAUCUCCCCAUUGACGGCGCUGAGCAGACCGUCGUAAGUGAAGAAAAGCGUCAGGGCAAUAACUCAGCCGCCCCUGAUGACACUGUCACAGUCGUGGCUACGGCACCGACCCUCGAUUCUCAGAUGCAAGACUUAUUACUGCGAAUCACCGCUCUAGAAGCAAAGGUCAAACAGCAGAGUCGACAUGAACUGAUUCUUCUCUUCCUAGUUAGUACUUACUUCCUCCUCAAAUUAAGUAGUUCCGUAUUCCGUACUUGAGUUAAUGCUUGCAAAUCCGUCUGAAAUCCCCUUAUUCUGCCUCACUCCCCUGCUGCAAAAGUAUUUGUACCCGUCUGUACAGUUCCCCCCCCCACUUACCUGUUUGUUUACUUUGCACCUAUUUAUGUAGAGAUCUUUUUUUUCUGAAUCAAAGCAGAAGAUGAGAGGCAAAGUGUUCAACCCGUCUGCUUGCGGUGUAACCUCCGGUAGCGUCUGUCAGGUCGUCAUUUCGUUUCAUUUCGCCUGCAACUGCACCAGUCUGAGGCCGUAAACACUUUUGUUAAUAGUAUCUAGCUAGAACGUCUACUUCUAAAGCACUGGGAUGAGGUCUAGUUCAUCGGCUCUUCUGCUCCGACACUGCGCCCAGACUUUCCUCUUUUUCCUAGAUUCGUUUUGGCGCCUUGGAAAAAAAGAGCUUUCAUGUCAAAACCGAGCAGAAGUAUGUCUCAUGUCGCCAGUUAGCUGCCCUCAGAUAACUCCAUGGACUGCUUAACAUCCGCAUUUGCCUACGAUGCAUCUACUACGGAUUCAGGAAGGUUGCAGUUUGUGUUUCUCUCACCGAAGACUGAACUGGGGUCCCUUUCCAGCGGUCGGUUAGGUCGGGUUUUGUGCAGCUACGGACUCAGGCACCGUAUUUUUGGAAUCAGUACCAAUUAAUUCGGCAGAAAGCGAAUGUUGUACAGCUGUCCCACUUGAAAACGACGUUUUUUACGUCAUCUUUAGUGCUCAUGUAUCAUCAUAUACCGUCGCGUGGUUACUGAGCCGGGAUAAUGCAUCUACCUCUCGUCGUCCUAUCCCUGGUUCUUUGUACACCGGUGGGCGUGUGAGCUCAAAUGGUUACCUGCACUUUUGCAUGCAUUUCACAGUUCUUGUACUUGUAUAUCACUGCGAGCAGUUAAUAUGUCCGGAAGAGUCUUAACGCUGGAUAUUGUACCAGAGGUGACUGCAAUCCCUAAACGACUCUGAGCCAAAAUAUCAGAGCUCAAUCAGCUCGCGAUCAGCACAAUUCUCCCCGCUUGCGAGAAUUUUGGGGUGGAAAUUGCAUACAUGGUCCCCCGGAUAGGACAAGAAAACAGGGAAGUCACCCACCCCUCCUCACAUGAUACAGGUGGUCUUGCGCUGAAUUCCAGGAAUGGUGCAUAUUGCCAUGUUCUAACGAUAAUCCAAGUCUUAACCGCAACCGUAAUAUUAACCCUAAGCUAAGUCCUAAUUACCCUAGAAUUAAAUGCAAAGUUAUUUGUGCUACAGGUGAUUCUUGCCCCCAUCCCCUGACGUGCGAGCUACAUGAGCAACUCCUGCCAGAUUUUGGCUUCUCCAGAGUUGGAGGUGUGGCCGCGACUUGCCCAUCGAGCCAGAACUCUAGGAUUCGCUUGCUUCUUUACCGCUAGUCUACGUCCAGUGAGACCUCACUUUCCGCCUGAAUUGUUUUUGUCCACAACCGCCAUGCUCGAGUCAUGGAAUUUACUGUCGUGCAGCGGAUCCUUUGGUCGCAUUGUUUAACGCCGGAUGGUCGCCCCCAGCCUGUCGGGUGGGGUGUGAAGACAAUUGAGGGCCUCCGAUGCAUCCUUCGUGUACCGGAGAAAGCGCUCGCCAAAAUACCUGACGCCCUCUUAUGCCAUUUCAUCCUGCACAAGUUGAUAGGGUAGUAUGGGCAGCCAUUCUCUGAAAACCAGUCGGAGGUCGUGUCAUUCGGCGGCACCUUUCGUUCCGGUAAAAUGCGUCUCAGCACGCACAACGACCGAGUUCGGUUGACCAGAAAUGAGACUGGACACGGGCUGAAGAAACGUUUACCUUCCGCCCCCCGCGUAUCAUAAAUGUCACGGUCACCCAUUUAGCUCGAACGGGAAUUCACUCAGACACUUCCUUGAGAUCAGGAUGCUCGGUUCUACUUUCGGCCUGAGGCUACGGCAACGUAGUAACCGGCGAUACAGUUGACGGUAUUUUCUCCAGAUGUUAGAUGCCUAUGGUGGUAUGGUUGUGGGGACAUGGUGUUUCAACAAGGUCGGUUCACUGGUCACACUAGACCUGGUUGCUUUACGCACGCAUAUCCGCAUCGAAGACCCCAUCGAUGUUCGGUUGUCCGAGCCGUCUGUGUACAGCGUAAAUCCCAACGGCGCCUGGCAUGCAAGGCACUGUGGUCCACGCGCGAGUUUAGAUGGGUAGCUCUUAAAAGACGCAAUGAGUGAUUGACCAGAUGGCGGUCAAAAUAUCAAUGGAACUGGCUAUCCCGACAACGGAGUUCUUCAACUAUCGCAACGGUUACUGGCACCCUUGGGAACGCACACCACACAGGAACUUAUAAUGCACACGCCGUAUGUGUUAUCUCCUCCCCCUUCAUACCUCUUGACUAUAUAUACAGCGAUUCAGCUGUCCUUUGGGUCAGGCUGCGUGGUACUGAUAGGCUAUGUCUGUUCAUCCGUCUGCUGAUUUGACGUUGUAUGCGCGCAAAUGAGGAAAGACCAGAGCCAAAUGUGCAACUGAAUAGUACGUUUUACAGUUUCAAGAACGAACAGAUCAACAAUUCAGUAAAUGGAGUACUCACUUGUAAGGUCACUAGCAGCCAUGUGUUUCUUACCUAAAACGUGUCCCUACCUGAACCUUGAGUCCUGGGGUUUAGGGCCAAGUUCUGUCGCCCACCUUCGGUCCUGUUCCGGACCAUGUUCCUGGACCCCACCACUCCGCUUAGCCGUCACGGGAUCAGCUGACAUAUCCUUCCAAGUUGCAGAUUUAUCUAGUCAAACAGGGCAGUACAAAUAAAAUGAGGAAUUUGCCCGGGGGAAAGGGGUGUGUGCUCAUUCAGACCGAGGUCGGGGAUCAGAUAUGGAGAUGCUGAAGAAGUGCGAAUUUUCUUUGCCCAGGUUUUGCAGUCAUACUAGUACUGUAAGCCAAAGGAGCAAACAGUUGUGAUAAAGCACUGAUGGGCUGCACUUGUCGCAUGACUGCAGAGUGACCGUAGGUCACCCUUGGGCAAUCCGUCAUAGUAUUUAUUGUAAGCAGUGUUAUCGCGACAACGGCCUAUUCGUCCACGCCCGGGUGCUAGCCCACCGAGCUCUUAGUAAAAGCACUGUGAGUAAGUGUCGCUGUGCCCUCUUGCAGUUCUUUGUCCUCCCCCCUAGUGCCCAAGCAGAUUUUCGGAUUUGCUUAGGAUGAGAGGGUCGUGGUGAUAAUUUACCAAUUCUAGGUCGGAGAACCACGAAUCGGACAGUUCAUAUCGCCGGCGGUCGUCUUCGUCCGUGGGGCCCCCAGGCAAGUCGAAUUUAAAGACGCUUACUGGUCAUAUCGACAAAUAACAGCAUAUCAUCAAAUGUUGCAUGAAUUACCGCACUAGCAGUACUAUUUAAAGGCCCAGAAUCAUUUUUCGCCGCUAUUAUGCUCCUGCAUGACACGGCCGCGAAGGGUUCGUCUCAUCAGUGAGCUCUCCAGAGUCCCCUUCAUACUUUCUGGUAGAUACUCCGGUUUUGGAAUUUCAGCUUUUUACUCUCCUUAGAAAUUAAUUGUCAACGUGGAGUAAAUCAUUCGGGAUGGGGUUUAGUAGGCCAUCAAGAAUGGGAUCCCGCUUCCUCCAUGCACAACAUAUUAUUGAUUGAAAAAUGUGCCUUUUCUACAAAUCUGGACUGCACACCUUAGUUGACCUGUACAUCUGUAAUCAUGAAGAUGUUAAUGACGAGGCGAAAAGAACAUAAAAAAUAUCAGUGUACUCCCCCAAGGGGAGAUGGAUUCGCAAACAAUUUAGUCAUAAAUUGACACAGUGAAAUCGCACGAAUAGCCGCUAUUUGGAACGCCCAACUGGAAAGCGGUCAUUCCAUUGCAAUCGUCGUCGUUCGAAUUCCAAGCUCUCCUUGUAGUCAUGUGAUUCUACCUCACUCUGGAUCGGUUUAAAUUUAUCCGUCAACCAAUCCGCUAGCUGAUUGUUGGGAGGACAGCAAAGUUCCGAAGCCAACCGGGCUGAAAACUUUUUAUCUAAUUGGCCACAUAAUAUCUGUGCCGACAGGCUUCAGUCUGCCAAGAUUGCCUUCCGUCAUGAAACCAGAAGUUCUUACUCAGAUUAUGCGAUCAAUUAAUCAUGCCUCAAUUUUAUUCGGAGCAUUUUUUACCUGCUAGUCUAACCUUGCUCUCGUCUAUUAAUUUUGAAUCAAUUUGUUUUCCUGCUUUUUUUCUUUCGCUUUUUUUUUAAAAUUCCCAUACUACUUUGUCUCCUUCCUUUCGGUUUGGUUCUCAGGACUUUAAUGUUUUGUCAUGACUACCUGAGCCUUUUCACAAAACGUGUUCUCAGCCUACCUCUGCUUGAUAAAGCCACAAUCCGGAAAUUACAUCCCCCAGUAAACCGCUGUAGUCUCAGGACGUUGGUAGCACGUCCGCAUACAACUGCUAGGAAUGGUUAGGUUAUAAAUGUUGUAAGUAGGUUUUUGCAUGCUGAUUACGCCUCUCCAUACUUCACAGUGAACUAUGUUACGACUGCGCACGGGAACCUCAGUCGGAUUUACAGACACCUAAGUAAUAUGCAGUGCCGUCCGUGAUUUAUCGGUGCUUACAUGAAGACGAUCCAUUUGUUUUCAAAAAGGACUAAACAGAAGUUCACAUAUGAUCAGCAUUUCUUAGAAUAAGGGAUGUCGGGAGCCUCCAACUUUGGCCGUGAAUUUAUUGGGCAAGGUCAUCAGAAGUAGACGGGGCAGAUUUUCAGGGUGAAUCCAGCAUGUCACAGUUCAUAAUUUCGCCUGUGAUUAGGCCCCGUACGUAUCAGUAUUUAAAUAUGUUGCAGGUUCAUCUAUCAAUUAGAAAGCCUGUUUAAAAAAUGUUGUUUCCUCUUCGAGGUCCGCACAUGUUAUGCACAAAGGCAACAGACAAAUAGGUAGGUGGAUAGGUAUAGGCAAGAGACUGUUUUUGAAAGGUAGUUCUGGAAUCACGCAUACUUUGUCAUAAAGGAGUCCGUAAGUAAGGGAGUCCUUAUAGCAGGCAAUUGAACAUGCACGCAGUGGAAAAGAGCGUCCAGCAUCGCAUAACUCGGUUUACUAAGCACGGGGUACUGGAAGAUGUUGCAGUAUUUUCAAUCACAGGGUAUCCAUAUAACCUGCUAGCAGCAAGUUGUUUCUUGUCGUUGUCUCAAGAUAAAGUCAUAUUCAACAAUUUGACAAUCGUAGUAACGCGAGAAAGCGCCGGUCCCUAUCUCAGUUGACACGUUAGUUACUUCAGGAAAAAAUCGAGCCCUUGUAUCCUGAUAGUACCGCCUUUAUAAGGUCGUUUUGUUCCAUGAAAACGGUACAAACAUAUGGCAAAUAUGCUCAAGUAGUGGCUUCUCACCGAGGGGUUGUCUUAGAGACUAGAAGGACCUGCCAUAAAUAGCAAGAUCCUGUUUAUCGACUUAUGCGAGACCAUUUUGCAUACAUGACAGCGUGGCAGCUCACUGUUUACACGAAUACCCAGAAAAGGGUUCCUGCUGGCUGUCAUUGCUCACUGUGGAAAUUGCUGCUAAUUAGGUAACAAUAGAGCGGAAUGUUGGGAGCUCCGGUUUUACUAGCAAUUGCAGAUAUGUUUCAGUCGUGAAAAAGGUCCAUUGAGUUAGCUUGACCCGCGUGUCAACGCGGUGCAGACACCAAGAAAUUUUUAUCGAUCAGGGACAGAAAAACUGCAGUGAUAUCGAAGUCCUCAUAUUCCGAAUUAAACUAUUUUUUGACACGUGCGAAAUCCGAGCGCGAACAGGUGGUAACAUAAUACUUGGUAAUCUGUCAAGUCUUGGUGUUUGCACCUUAUACAUUCGACAAGUGUCUUGCAGUACAUCUACUCCGUGAUAGAGAACGAUUUUUGCGUUUUAGAACAGCGUCACAUUCAGUAGUCAUUAUGUGUUUUGGACAUGGUGGCACAAAUUUGUGAUACGAGAAGCAUAGGCUUGUCGUCCGCUCUCAGGGCGCCAGUUGGGAACAUUUUAGUGUUCGGGCUGGUUCUAUGUUGUCGGGACCACAUCCGAAGUUGAGCAUUCUAUUCGUUGACUUUCGAAACGAAAGAGCUCUCUGCCGAAGCCUUGCGCGCUUUCUGUGCGCGGCUGGUGGUAGCUCUGUUGUCACAUUCAUGAAUCUACUCAAUGGGCAAUUAAUCGAUUCGCAGGGGCCGAGGUUUGCCGGCUACGAGUUAUACUAUUAGAGACACGGAACGGCAGUACGGUAGUAAUAAGGCAAUCACAACGGCGGCAGCGGCGGCGACAUCAAAGGACGUUUUGAAUUCAGUGGCGAGUUCCGGUGACGCUAAUUCUCAGCUGCCCUGAUUACAGUGCGUUUUGGAAUUGCCGGAAGUUACUCAGAGUGUGAUCCUCCAUAUGCCAUCGCAUCGCCUCCUUCCUCGUUCUCCACUUUUGGCAUAUUUGGCAGUGUGACUUGCGAGGUCGAUCGCCACAUGACAAGAGGUGGUUAGAUAGGUGUUUUGCAAUAAUUCUCGACUAUCUUUCUUCCCACAACAAAUGCUUCAACGCCCUGGUCUGAAAAUGGAGCUCUUGUUGCUGCAGUCGUAGACUGCACGCCGUGCAUCACAAAUGGUGAUGUAUAUUCACAAGUCACGAUGCAAUAUUGAGGGAGCGAAAAGUUUGUCUUCAAAACGGGCACCUUCCGGUUCGGCCAAUGAGUAACCGCGGCGAUGUUCCAGAAUCUGCGGCUGACCGCCCCUUAGCUGGCAGUUUGUAUUGCCACUUUUGCAAUGACGAUCAUUGAGGGGGUAUUGGGAAUGCGCCUCGAUUCCUGCUGAAGGAAACUAAUUUCGCGCUGGAAACCCCUAUUUUAAGUGCUUCACCUUAACUAACAGCCAAUCAUUCGUCAGUUGGUCGUCUGUUUCCGCUUAUAAAAGUUAGAGUUACGUGGGAAAGAUGACUGCCCCAGUGACUCGAUUGCACGAAUGGGCGUGGGGAGAUAAUCGUAUAUCUGUAGUGUGGGUCAGCUUGCCUACAUGUGGCCACAUGUUGAUAGGCAAUCAAUAAUUACAAAACCUAUCAUUAUUGGCAGAAGACUGAAAGCAUUGAAAUUUCAAAAGCACCUUGAAACUGGAGGGGUCGCCGUCGACAAUAAUCGCACAUAAAUUUGUCGGAAGAAAAGUCUUACUAUACACAACAUGGCAUUCUUGCAUUUUCGUCUAUCAAUUCUAUUCGGAUUCAACAGUCAGUGAGCGAACUGUCAAGAUGUGGCCUUUUGAAAACUUACUCCUCUGACAUCUUCACCAAUGACAUUAAGCGACAUCGUCUUUACUUUAGUCAACCGCAUCUCAAACGAUACAAAAAGCGGAAAAUGACGUCGAUAUUGCGCAAGAGGGUCUUGAAACACGUGCAGGAACAUUUAGCUCUUGACUUUGUCCCAGCGUUCAUAGAAGACUAAUUCUCGGGGGAUAGUUACUGAAAAUUAGUAUCAAGAAAAUACAUUUUGAAAGGUUGCUGUGCAUAUACCUUUUUAUUUAGUCAGUUAUUUACAUGGACAGGUAUUGAAUUCUUCUGAAAUUCCAGACUUCCCGUGUUUGAGUUUUCGCGUUAUCUACAUUUUCGCUUUUGGGAAAUUUUUUCUAAUCAACGAAAUAGUACUGGUAAUACUUCCAUCCCCAUUUUACCGGAGGUUAUUUACUAAUUGUUUGAUGUUUUAGUGGAUGCGUUCGGACUAGGUUCAGAUUAGUUAGCGAUUUUUCGUUAGUUUAGUCAUAUUCUGUCAGUUGGAUCACCAACUGUACAUUACGUUCUUCCAAUCCGCCAGUAGGGGACGAACAAUGACUACGUCGAUGCCGAUUCUCUUUUGCCUUCUGAAGGGAAGACGGAGGUCAAACAAUAGUCUGGUAAUUAAUAUGCACGUCGGAAACCGAUAACGUCUAAGAGUAGUAGUGGGCCAGUUACUGUUCAUCUAGAGAACGAAAUUCCGAUUUAUUCAACACACGCGUGCAACUGCGUCUCCUGUGCGCCAAGUAUGCACAUUUGAGCAUAGAGCACAAUCACUAGCAUCCACGUUGUAAUCCCGUCCCCAGUUCAUAGGCUACUAGUAAUUCAUCGCACUGAGCAGUGUAUGGGCUGAAGGUAUCUCCCUACCUUUUCAAGGUUUGACAGUUUUUUGCAAAACCAACAGAAUAAGGCCAUUUGACCUUCUAACUUCCAUUGAGCCAUCAUAUGUCACCGGUUUCUGCGUGACCUUUGGAGAUUCAACUCUGUGGGUGCACUGCUGAUCGGAAAAUCACAGUCUAAACACCGCAAAGCAUAUCUGUUCGUAGACUGUUAUCAUCUUGUUGCGGCACUGAUAAUCAUGCUAAUAGUGUGGCCAACCCUCGACACGCAAGUUUCAAUUAAGUAGUACUUGGGGACCGUUUUGAUAAUGAAAGGUACAUUGUUGUCAGAGUCUUAAAAAAGGAAGUUUUUAACAGCAAUUUUGAUUGUGGUGGCAACUUCCUACGGCAAGGACUGAAUACUUAGGCCCACUGAGAAAAAAGAGUACAGGGACUCCUGCAAUAGGGGAAGGAGACUAGUAUUAGUUUUGCCGGUAUGGCAGAUUGCCGGGACAAAUAACGGAGUCUACGAAUGGCGCUGAGGUAACUCGCACUUCUUCCAUAUGUUUGUUUUAAUACUCCAACGAAAUGCCGGAAGGGGUCGCGCAGUUUGGAAUAUGCAAACUGAGGGCGCGUAAACGAACGGCAAACAGGUAAUCCAAGGUUACUGGUGUUAAGAAGGCCAGAUUCGGCGGGACGGCACGGGCACGCAAUCUUAGCCUUAAGCCUUAGCUCAUUUCUAACCCUUUGUCCAAGCGUAGUCUCCAACCCUACUCUAUCCUUAGACCCAAACUCAGCCUGAGCCAUUAACCCAUCCCUAAUUGCGAAACCUGAACGUCAUCUCUAAGUCCUUAUCCAAACCCUUAACGUCCUACCACGAAUAAACCCUUGCGUAACGUACCUGUCUUAGUCAAAUAAGUGUGUGUGUUAUAAUAAUGAAAACGUGGGAUUACACUUUCGAUCAUUACCCUUUCCACUUGCCAACGAAAAUAUAUAAAUGUGACCGUAGGCGUUUUGCAGUAAACAGGAGUGUAGAGCUCAAUGGGGCCACGCCAUCCUUAGGUGUUACGUCCCUUCCAGGUGGUUAGUUAAGUUUGGUGGAUUCUGUUGCUCUCACAGGGCCUUUUAAUACCACUCUUUGGGAUUAUAACAGUCACAUUUUAAAUUGGACCGACUAGGAACAUACGAUUGUCAUUAGAUAAAUAUUAGCCUACGCACCCAGAUGGAUUACAUCUAAACAGGGAUUUUUCAUUUGCUAGUCUUCUCCAAAAUGAGCGAAAACUUUGCCCAUGUGCACUUAGUCAAUCCAGGAUAAGGAGUCCAGAGACUGGAACCUGAAGCCAUUUACAUCUGAGGGCGGGAUAGAUACCUGCUAGAAUAAUCAUGCAAGUCAAAAUGGCCGAUUAAACGUCAAUUUACUCCAGAUUUUGGGUGUGACCAGGUUCGUAAAAUGAGCCGAGACCAAAACGGAGGCCGCAUUGGGCUGCGACAUCUGAGCAGUGAGUGUGCUCAGAGAAAUACGAUCAUCAGGCCAAGUCCUGAUUAGCAGAAGACAAAAGGUACAAAAAGGAGGAAUUUGUAAUGCGCAGAAUGUCCAGUUACGGCCUCGGGCGACAGUUUCAACUGGCGAGGCCCGGACUGGUGUGGACUUUGUCCAGUCACGCUUGAGAGAUAGAUGAGACAGUGGUGAGAGCAGCUUUAAUAGGUUUGUGGAGCAAGUUCAAGUAGUGUCCAGUCGGUGUGUGUCUCACUACCUGAGGGGCGAUGUGUUUAAUGGCCUGUGUUGCAUGAAUUUGCCCCUAAAACGGGCCACGCGGUAGAUGCGCUGAACCAGCACAAAGAUUGGGGUCCGGUAGACGUAAUCGGGAAUGCGGGGCCACGACAAAUGCCAACACUUGGGGUGAGGCGGCACGUCCAUUGCAGACUCAUGCCGCACCAAAUGGGAUCCGACUCAUCUCUUUUUUGAAUAAAAUCCCGAUCAAUGUGCGUUGCGGCUUAGGGAGCGCGGGCUUUCGUCAUACCAGCCAUCUGCGCCCUCUUCCGCCUCCGUUCUUCUUGACUUUCUAAGGAUGACGGGCCCGGAUGGGAGAGGAGAGAGUGCGGUAAAUGCAACGAAAGUCUGCUACCGCGUAAAUCACCUUUUCUGCUCUCACUGCUCUGAAACACACGCUGGACAUCGUCGGUCAGGGCGGUCGGGCUGUCGUGAGUAGUGGCUCGUUAAAAUGGCGCAUGGACAGCUGCGACGGUCAGGACGUAUGUGUCCGACUUUAAGUCGAUUGAGUGACCAGGAGUCAGCGCGUCUGAGAUUACGGGAGGUUUGCAUUGCUGUCAGGACUGUUCUGUGUAUUUUGAACUCCAAAGCAAGUAAAGUUACUGUGCAAUGGUAUUGGUCAGCCUUAGCUCUCAGGAAUUGGAGUACGGUCACAGCAAAUCCGUGGCAGAUGUUUACUGGGCUGUUCUGCGUCUUUUAGCGUUCUUAACAAUUGUUGUAAAUGCGUGUAUUACGCUGAGAGCGCGGCCCAGGCCACGUCCAACUUAUUUUUCAGUCUGGUGGCAGGCGGAAACGGAGAGCGAAGCUGAUACCAGGGUAUUCGACUCAGGAUAGUCCAACACAUUCCUCCCUAUAAUAAGAUUAACAGCCAUGACUCGGGAAGUUUCCAAGCAACGAUUCGGUUCUACAUUGGACGGCGGGUCAGAAUACCGUGGCUUCCUAGUCUUACCUUUAUAAAAAUGUAAAACAUCCCAAAAAUUCAAGAUCCUUUCGGCGAAGACUGAAUUAUGCGGAUUUAGAGACUGCCAACUUCGUGGUACACGUAACAUUCCUUUUGAGCUUUGUGAACGUGUCGAUCUCGAUUCACGUUGACUGUGUCAUAUCACUGAAAUGUGAUUGUAAUAGAAAAAAAGAGUAGGUAGCAGAUGCCGUGCGAUUCUGCCCUACUAUAGACAAAUUCGCAUGCGUCAUCAUUAGGAUACUGGUGACCAUCUGUACAUACGAUGGACAAAAAAUCAGGUUCAGUUAAUUCACCUAUUCGCGUUCACAAACAUAAUACUCUUCCCAGUUCCCGUAAGGAAUGGCUAUCAAUCGCAUAACAUAAUACCGACACAAGUGGAUGCAGUGACUGCGAUAAUCGUUCUCCCCCAUGCCUGGAAAACUUUGCUGGCAAUAUGGACAGAAACAGUUUAAAAGUACACACAGAAAAAAACUUAAAGUAUAUACAAGUCAAGCCAGAGACAAGGGAGGACCUCGCCUCGAAUCGGCCGGCAUGGAGAACAGCCAUAAAGACUGCAGUUGCAAUCAGCGAAAAAGACUGGAUCGCCAGUGCUUAAGCAAAAAGAGCUACUCGCAAUUCUCCCCCGCGUAGAUCAACAAUUCGAACGGCCAACAUCUCCCAUCAUGUACGUAAUGUCAACAAACCUUUCAGGCACGGAUCGGUCCCGUCAAACAUUUCAGGAUCAAACGCACUACCAACGUGGCCUCUUCUCUCCCCGUCUCAGAAAGCACCUCUACCCUCAUCCCCAUUAGUACAACCCUCAUAACGUCGAGGAACACCACGACUGUCGACCAAACUUCCGAUGCUCCGUCGUUUAGCACAAGUUCCACCGCAAAUACUACAAGCUCUGCACCGGCGGCGGCGAUGACAAUGACCACCACCACCACCACCACCACCACCACCACCACCACCACCACCACCACCACCACCACCAUCAUAGCCGUCCCUCAAAACAGCAAUGGAAACUCGAUCCCAACCUGUCCCAGUUGCGACCGCACAUUCGUAUCACACAUUGGCCUGGUCCGUCAUUUGCGAAUUCGUCGCACUGAGACCGGCGAACCAGUGUCUCGAGUACCAACUUACACCCCUAGCACCUGCCUCAACUGUACACACUGCCACGCACAUUCGGUCACUGUAUGGGGACGGCUUGGCCAUAUUCGCCUGCAUAGAAAUUGGCGUUGAAACACCACAGUCCAACCCCUAUCAUCGCACAUCGCACCCUCCCGCCUCCCCUUUGAACUCACACACCCCCAAACCGUAAAAAACCCGCCUCACAUCUUUUAUCACCUCCGUAGAAAAUGCAUUUCUCAGGCAAGUCGAAAGCGGCUUCCGUGCUGUGCCCCAGUGCACGAUUUGAUCAGCCGUUAGUGUGUGGCACACGCAGACGGACAAUGGUAGCUCUGUCAAUCACUGUGUCCCCAUCCCGUUACCAACUGAUUGUCAGGCUCGUGCAGUCGAUUUGUGCGCUAGAGAGGGGAGAGGGAGUUAAGUCGACUUUGGGAAUUCCGUCGCCACAGGACUUCGGCACAUUCCUCACUACAGUAAAACUGACGCGCUUUGAAAUUGCCACGACACGUUAAAAGUCGUGAUAUGGAAGUCUGCCGUCUGACGGGACAUCUUGUCCCUUGUGACCCGUGUGUGUAAGGAAUAACUGAAUGGCGGAAGCCGGGUCAAGCUGCAAUAGCUUGUCCUUAAUUUAGCUUAUAUGACAUGCCCACUCGGAUGGGAUUCGAAGUGCCCUUUUGCCAGAUCCUGCUGCAUUAAUCGAUGUCCAUCUCGUGCGCGGCACGCGUAGACAGACUGUUUAGCUUGUUGUCACCAUGAAGUACUUUAUGCACAAGUUUCCGCCCGACACCCAUCGAACUGUGGAGCACAAAGUGGACAUUUUCGUUAAUCGAGGUCGAACUCUCCGGCGCAUUUAUUUCAGUAUUUGUUCAUGCGUGGGUAGAAAACAGAAGGCGGCAUUUUAUUAUUUGCCUAGUUGAAAAUUUUGACCAGACACCUUAUUAAGUGUUUCGUGAAUUUGGCGAUCAUUUCCAACGUGCUGAAAGCCUUGGAAUUCUAAGCUAAGGAAUUCUAUUUUUUCCAUGCUGUUAACUUUUUUAUGCAAGUCACUUGCAUUGGCGCACACCUCCCUUUUACCACCGUCUUUCGCUACCGAGUUGAUAUGCGCACAUGGCAAGAAUAUUAUCGUCGUAAGAUUUUAGGUAAAAUACCUUCAAGGCACACAGUUGCCAAAUAAAGACUCUCCGGAAGAAAACGUUCAUGCUUUUGUAACCCUAAAGUCUCAGUAAUGCAGAGUAUAUACAUUCACCCUACUCCUGGUUUUUUGUAUUUUGAAGACCCAAGACUCCCCAAUAUGCUACGUUUGUGGCCGAUAAAGAGUUCCAUCGGUUUAUAUGGCGCUCCAGGAAAUUCUAACUCUCGCAAAUAUUGGUCGAGUUUCGAUUGGUCAGUGGAUCUGACAGUGUGACCCAGUCACUGAGAUCUAAUUUUGGCUAAACUUCAAAUAGCAGCAGCAAGUCAAAGUUUUGCUGUGACCGAAUGGUUCAUUUACAACAGUUCAUAUCGUCAGUCGGACUUCCACAUUCCUAUACAUGGUCGGGAAAGCCGCUUUUUCAGCCUGGUAACUGACUGAUCCACCAAAUUUCGUUACGCCUGAAGUUUUUUAAGGGUUAGGCUGUGACGAAGUUACGCCUCCUAGGCCGACGUACCCAACCAAUAAGCACGCUGCACAAAGUCAAAGUCUAUUGGCUAGCGCAGCAGACAGCUCUCGAUAAGCUAGCAGCUUGCCGUGGCAGCUGUUCGAAAGAAAGGAAAGUCGGACUGCCUUUAUCCUAGGACGUCACCGAGUCCUCAAACUUCGUAUAAGUCAGUAAGAUUUGCAGGUACCUCAGAAAGCAUCUUUGUGACCAGCAGAUUGGAAGGUGAGAGCUGCUUUGUUGCGUACAUGGCCGUCGCAGUGCUCUGUGGGCAAGUAUGAUAGAGAAAGGUGCGGUCUCUUCAAAUUACGUGAACCAUGUUUUGCCUUUUAAAUUGGCGUGGCAUCUUUGUAACCGGGGUUGUCAAGUCCUACCCCAAAAAUUUGUGCAAAUUUUCGAUCUGACUGAUUUGAGCUUCAGCCGGUAAACCGCAUCCGCCAAAAUAUCGAUAAAAUGUAGUUUGAAUAGGAAUCUGUUCCGACAUACCUCCAACUCGGUUACUGACUAUAAGUUCAGAAACGUGUUGUACGUUUUUGUCCGGCAGCACUACACGGCUACGCGGAGCUCAGCUUGUUCGUCAUCCCUCUCUCCCCCUAGCAUACCUCUUGUGGUUUCUGGUAAACUUUACCUUUUGAGAUUUGUAGGAUUUCGCCAAAUUUGACAUCGUGUUCCAUCUCCAUCCCUCCAUUCGAAGAUUCGACAUUGCGAAUGACAGGUGAAGGUCCUUAGGUGCCCCACAGAGCCUGGUUGGGUGAAGUAGUUAUGAUCUAUUUAUUAGAAUCAUAAAAGCGUGGUUUGAGUAUGAUCUGGUACAGAAGAAGAAUUAAAAAAUGAGAAAGUAGAACAUUGUAUUUAGCUUUCAUAUACCAUACCUGGAAAAGGCAGCUCAAAACGGGCUUUGAUAUUUCCACCUACUGUAUAGACAACCAGUAAUUAAUAGGAUAAUCAUGUCAUGUCUUGUUUACAUUGUUGAGUGUUGAGGAAAGACUAUACCUUUGUCCGUGAGACAGAAAUUUUACUUAAAAGGUAUGUGCUCGUUCAUGCGGGAUUAACGGCGGAAACAGGCUGAAGAGACCCUUGAUUCCGAAACAAUGAAAGGGAGAGCGGCGAAAAAACCUAUUAGGAUGCAGGUCCAGCUAUUGCUAUUUGAUUAAAACUCUAAUAUUGGCCGUUAAACUUUGGUGUUGUGAGAUGUACAUUUAUUUUCCCCGCGAAGAAUGACAAAGGCAAAAAUUACAAAUUCACGUUACUCAAGAAAAUUGGGUCGGAUUCUAAUGUUUGCUUCAUUUUGACAGUGCAAGACGGGAGGGACGAGGGAAUCCGUGACGCAUUGCCGGCAAUGAGCUGUCAAUUUAAAGUUAAAAUUAUUAACCUUUUCGUUAUAGUUUAUUUUGUUCUUGCUGUCACGUGAUCUUCCAUCUCGACUUCUGUUUUCUAGAGUUGAAUAGCACGGUUUAUUGACAAGCACGUAAAUUCAACAGGGAAGAGAUGCACUUCAUUGGCAGGUCACGAAACCGGAAAAAAACUUCAAAAUACAAGCUACUCCACUUUUCAGAUGGCAGUCUCACGUGUCAACUCUUAAGUUGAGAAUCGGGUAGAGCAAGCUAAAUUAGCCGAAGGUUAAUUGGCUCUGCCGGAAGCGCCCACUGUGUUUGGGGUCAGGCAUUAACUUGAUGUAAUAAAUAAAAGUGAUAUGAAGAAUGCCCAUGUUGGGUGAUUAUACUUCAUUCCAGAAGAACUCGACAACUAUCCACUGGGGGGGGGGGGGGUACGGUAGAAUUGCAAUCCAAGUUCAAAGCACUUUCGAAUUUAAAAGUAUCUCACGCUGGUCACCCUUCUUCCAAAAAGUUGGCAAACAACUUUCCGGCUUACGUUUUUGGCGAAAUUUUAUCUUCCCUUUCUCUUAUACCUUGACUUAAAGCUCAUUUCUGGUUAUCUCCCAACAAAUUCCCAUAAUUCCGUACUUUUUCAAAACCAAAUUCUUGAAAGAUGUACAAAGAUUACAUUUCUUCGAGCAUGCUCUGUAUUUCACGAAAUAUUCUUUGUUUCAUUCUGCAAACUUUUCGCAAUGGCGUUCGGUCGUUCAUCAUGCAGCUAAGCUAUACAACAUCCUCAUUUCCGGUUAGUUAUCUUCUUCCCUUUCAGGCCUGCAAUGUAACAGGGAAAAGUGUACUACAUAAGACCUAUGUGCGUACACUUAUCCCAUUCGAAACCCUUUCGAAUAUCUGGAAGCAAAGGUAACGACCACCUAGGCACUGGAAAAACAGUAUAACAAAACGAAAAGAGACGUUCACUGGGAGAGGUUUUUGGGGGGAGGGGUGCUCUGAUGUCACGAGGGGUUAUUUCCCCUACCCAUUUUCAGAGAUUAGAAAUUCACGCGCAUCAAGUACAGUGAGCUAUACAAUGAGACCUGUGCGCAUGACGUCCUGAUUUCUGAGGAUGGAAUUAACGAAUGCCUAUCGUCCGCGGUUUGAAUUUUAAGUACCAAGAAGUAUAAUUUUAAUAGAUUCCCUCACUGGAAACGGUUAGUCCUCCAUCAAAAUUUGGAUUAUAAAACGCAUUAUUACCUACUACCCUUCGUCUAGCAGUCAAUCGUUGCCCUCAUCGUACGACUAGGACAAUUUUCUGCAAACUCGAUCAUUCUGCUGGAAAACUGGGCCUAGUCAACACAGUCUAGCAAUCCUACAUAUCGUCUCGAGCUGCCCGUCGUAACUUUAGAAAAGGACCUUCUAGAGGCUGAGUCGAUCAUUCCUACACUGCUUGUUGAGCUGCUUGGAUUUGGACAUUUGGCAUUUUACCGAAAAAGUCUUAGUUAGAACGUUCUUAAGGCCCUGCAUUCUCGAAACAUUCCGACACUGCCAACCAUGCGCACAGUCCCCCCUGUAUUUGGUCCUAGACAAAGUUUUUUCUUCUGUUCCCGCAGCUUGCUACUUUUCCAUGAAUUCACGGCAUAAUUGAAGUGCGUACUGUCGUCACAAAGUCUCCUUGACUGUAUAGACGCACCAAAUGCAGGCCAAAACUGUAGUGAAUGUCAGAUUCUGGCUGCCAAGGUCAACUAUACUGAGGAAGACAUUACAGGGAUGAAAGCUUAAUUGUAAUGCUGUCUAGACAAAGCUUAUGAUACAAAUUUGCCUACUGGACGAGUAACCAGAAGUACGGCAAAAGUACGCCGCAUAAAAGGCCCGCCAGCACCUAUUAUGGCAGCUCCAGAACGAAUGGUUAAAAAGCGAGACAGGAAGGAAACCAAAAAGCUCAGGAGAAAAAGAAAUCGAACCUUAAAAAGGCCAAGAAAAACGAGUGGCUACUUCCGAAAGAUGCCUCUGAAGAUGCUGAAACAGAGGCAUCGACGAGCGUUCCGUCCAUCAUGGUAAAUUUCGUGUGUCCAAGCACCUUUGAUGACUCUCAGAAAAAGUUAGAGAUCUAGUACAAGCGACGGCAUCGAGUCAUCCAUCAGAGCCACAGACUACUGUUCACAGUCUUCUCUGUCAAACGCUUCUUCCAUGUUUGUCAAAACUAGAGUCAAGCUAACAUACAGCGUAAGCUCAGCUGCUCCACCAUCACCAGCGCAUAGUGCCAGAGUGUUACGCCAGUUAGGGAACGACACCUUCGUAAAAAAUAAAAUAGAAGUCAACAGAGAAAAAUGUCUCAUUAUGCAGGGGCUCCCUGAACCAGGUAAAAAUACCCCCAUGGAGCGGGUUCCGGAAGACCUAUCAAUCUUCCAAGGUUUCCUCAAUCAUAUUUUGGAAUCCACUGAGGCAACUGCAGUAAUCAAAUCUGCUUAGAAUUGUGCUGACCAGCAGUGACCAAGCCAGUUUCAUUCUUUCCAGACGAUUUAGGACUAAAUGCCAAACUCAGUCGUUUUUCAGAGGUGUUUUGGCAGAUUUCAAAUAAUUCACCUUGACCAAACUGUGAAACGCUCGGUGCUUCGGUGGGACUCGAACUCACGACAGCAAGGGAAGGCUUUAGUACAGCCGACGUUCUUACCAUCUGAGCUACGAGGUCCAACCGGACGACACGAAUUUAAUCACAUUUGGUCAAGUUUACCCGCCAAACCUACUGCAACGUCUGGGAUCCACCAAAUCUGAUACAGUAAGCUGGCUGCCCCAGCAGGAUUUUCAAAGUAAUGCAUUUAGAAUCCACCAGAUGACUACCAGGCUCAUGUAAUUCCGAGAUGUUUUUGUAGAUUUCAAAUAAUUCACUUGCUGUCGUGGGUUCGAAUCCCACAGAACCACCGAGGUUUUCACAGUUGGGUCAAAAUGACCCAGUCAUCUUUAUUAACCGGGUCACUCGCCAGCGGAACGGCUGCAACGUUGUCGAAUAGUUCUGAAACAAAGAAAAAGUCUCAGCGAAGGGGAGGGCCAAUUACUUAUAUCCAACAACCAAGUACAGCGGCGUUCGUCAUUCAUCCUUGGAACAGGUGCGGCUCGAACGACCGGGCAGCUGACAUAUUAAGUGCAGGCGCCAACCAUAUUAUAACCACCGGUAGUCUAUUGGUGAACUCGUUGGUCAUCCCGCGGCGGCACCUGAGUUCGAAUAACCAUAUCUUUCGUCAACCGGAAAUCAAAACUUAUGCACACUAACAUUCAGGGUUUGCUAUCAAAAUCCGAUGGGCCGAAGAUCCACCUCUGUGAUCCAUCCCCUGGCGUAACUGCUUUAAUAGAAACCUGGUUGACCCAACACAUGGACGACCGCGUGUUAACCCAGUCUGUCUACCAGCUGUUAAUAAAGGACAGUAAAGGGCAUCAGGGAGGAGUACUCACGCACUUGAAACAUGCAGUAAAUGUAUCAGACAAAACCGAUAAAUUUUAGUGUACUUCCGAGGCAAUCUGGCUACCUAUUAAUGUGCCGAGCACACCGACGCUCUAUGUCUUGACAGCCUAUCGACCGCCAAGACGCGAUCACAUCGCCAACGUUGGAGGAGCUCGAAAAGUUUGCUACACGGCCGGAUAUCCUGACCAUGAGUGACCUAAAUGUGCUUCAAAUUGACUGUAGCUUGGCCCACGCAAAUAGCUCAGAACAGACAUUCGAUGGGAGUUUUAUGAGCGACACUGAAGUUAUUUCUAACUCAACACGUCACGUUUCCAAUUAGAGUAUGCGAGGGCUGAAGGGCCAACUGCAUUGACCUUGUCUUGACGAAAUCACAGGACGGCAUUGAUGAGGUGUCAUGCCAAUCCCUUCCCUAGGUUAAGUGUCCACGUCGUUCUACUAUGGAAUUUCUCGCCCUUUUCUAUGACCGAGAAACCCAUGAAUGUUAUAAGAAACAUUUGGCGUAGGGAUUCGGACCAAAUGAGGGCUUAAAUUGUACGCGUUGAGUGGAAGCCCGUAUUUGGUGGAGACGUGUUCGAAGACUGGCAACGGUUCCGAGAAGUACUUCACAGGUUCAUAGCAAACCGCUGUCCACUUCCACUAAAUAGGUUAACAAACAGACCUCGACGGCUUACACAGGCCUUGAAGAAUGAAAUGAAUAAAAAACGAAGGUUGUGGAAAAAAUCCCUUUCUGACAGGAGCCCCAUGUCCAUAUGUGAGUACAAAGUUCAAGGAAAUCGAGUCAAGGGACUUAUCGUCAAAACUAGAAGGGAUUCGAACGGGAUCUGCUUAACCGUGCCUCGGAGAACCCUAAAUUAUUCUACGGUUACAUAAGGCAGUGCACGCGGAACAAAGACCCAAUUCCACUGCUAAGGACUGCUGAAGGUGAAAAUCUCCCUGAAGAUAAAGUGAAAGCUGAUCAUAUAUCAGAAAUUUUCGGUCUGUUUUAGUAGGGAAACUGGACUUCGAAGAGGUUGUAGCAGCCGCUCCAGUCCCCCUUUUCUCCGGCUCCGUUUUGUCGGUCGAUGGCCGCGUCAAUCUUUGCCAGGCUGCGGACACACGACCACAGCAUAUGGAUAAGACGAAUGUUAGUUUGCUUGGAAAAUAUUUGUCCAUCUCGGCUCCUCAACAAUUUCGAGCCAAAUUUUACAGGCUAAAGUUUUAAUAUGCACUCUUCAAUAAUUCCUUUAGAAGUUCUCUAGGAGUGCGCUUUUGAAAAAUAUAAGCCCUUUAUAGUGAAGAAGAAAAAAGAAAAAAUGCGUUUACCUUUCUCGUUAGGGUUCGAACCCGAUUAUUGCCUUUCUGAAACAACUGUCGAUAUCAAUAGGACACAGAAGGAAGGGUACAUAAGUGAUUGCACAGUACGAAAGUGUUUUUAGAAACUUAGUCAUGUAAUGAAAGCCUUAAGGAAAUCAACUGUUGAAGAAAUCCCGCGUCAAAGUGCUAGAGAAAUGGCUGAAACACUUGGUGUCAGUAUUUCAACGGUAUCCGGUCACAUAAUGCAAAUCCGCAAGGUGAAGACCCCCGAAAAAUAAGUCCUUCAUGAAUUAUUUGAAAAUCUAAGACUCAGAAUUUUUGAAGUCUGACGCUUUUUUGUGAAACAUUAGUGAUCUUUUUUUCUGAUCUCACAGUGACGUGUGACAAAAAGUCGUUUCUUCGCAAUAAUUGUAAACGAUCGAGGUAAUGGCGUGAUUAUGGAGGAGCAUCCAACUCCUUUCCUGAAACCUAAGUUGCUUCGGCAGAAGGUUAUGGUGACUGUCUUAAAGUCUGGUCUCGGCGUUGUCCAUCACAGCUUUUAUGAGGCCAAAAAGAGCAUUGCAACAUAGGUUUACUGUAGGCAAUUCAAAGAAAUUCACGACCACUUAUGAGAAAUGAAACCUACACCAGUGAAUCGGCGUGACCCAAAUCUGCUCCUUAAAAUCGCACGCCCACACUUCAACAAGAGGACUCUUCAGAAAAUCAAUUACUUUGAAUUCAGAACUUCACCUCAUUCCCCAUAUUCUCCCGAUCUUUCACCUACUGACUGCCAUUUUUCAAGCAUCUAGACAUAUUUCUCGGCCAAAAACUUUCAAGAACAAGACUAGUGUGGAAUCUGGUUUCCAUGAUUUCUUAGCAUCAGUCCCAGUGAAUUUUUACUGACGCGGCGUAUAUGAUCUUGUUCGUCGAUGACAAAGAUGAUUAGAUAUAAGAAAUCAUUGGUUAAGUAAUUGCGGCAUAUGUAGGGUUAAGUCUUUUGAGAGAAAAUGUCUGUUUUCCAGACUGGCCAGUAUUUUCGGAACAACGUAAUAUUUUGAGCAUAAGUAUUAAGUGGCCGCUGGGACGCUAGAUAGUAAACAGUUUCACCUAGAGUGCACUAAGAAUGCAUGCUUUUAGGUAUGCUUACCCCAUACGUACACAAGUAGUGAUCUUUCGACAGUAUAUAUACAUUUUACGUACUGACCCAAUUUGAUCAGGAAUAGGUAAGGGCCAGUGGAAAGCAUAUUUGCAUCUCUGGCGGCAUACUUGAUGUGCUUCCGAAUUUUGGGAUGCAAAACAUUCAAGGUCGUCAGGCAUAACGAAAUGUUUCGGCAAAAGCACUUAUACGAGACGUUUAUACGUGUAAGCAUAAUUACCAGGCUGCUUAAACACAACAUUCUGUCUUUUCCAUACAUCUCUCUUCCAAAGUAUAGUUCAAAUUCCCUGGCAAUUGAAUUAUUUCGUUUUAUAAUUCAGGUGGGCAUUUUAUUGAUCCGUUUAUGUUGAAAUUUGUCACUGCACUUCUCUGGUUUUGCUACUGAAGGAAAUAAAUAAAAAGCUGGGUUUUUUGUAAAACCUUGCCGUAGCGAAUAGUUUGAUUUGAUGUUUUUCCAGGCUUGCAGCAGCCGCUCCAGUCCCCCUUUUCUCCGGCUCCGUUGCCAGGCCGCUGACACACGACCACCCCCGCCGGCUAGAACUGGGGCCCCUCCUGUCCAGCUGCAGUGACUCCCGGCUGUCCCCAGAAAGUAUUAUCACCUCAUGCGUGUCGGACGACCUGGCUUGAUACCCGUCAGCCCCUGAAGUUAUGCUUCCCCCUAAUCCUCCCCUAAUCCGUCCAAUCUCAUGUCCAGCACACAACCAGUCACCCCCACCUACUGACACAGACUUUCACCCCCGCGUAAACGACACACCGCGACUGACGCUCUCCGCGAACGGACGCUUAUCUCUGUUGCAAGCAAACAGUCAACUUACGGUAAUCUGCCCUGUGUACAGAAUAAACUAGUCCUCACAGCUCCCUGACUUCUGUCUUUAGACGAAACGAACUUACUGUGCGUGGUUUAAGUUGAUCUCACAUCCUUGACCGCCACAAGGUCACAGUUAUUAAGACCACUCAGUUCACCGCGGCAUGGUUCUGUUGGGGCUGAUGAAGCUAAAGGAAUCAAUAUCACCAGGCCCCGAUGAGAUUCCGACGAAGAUUUUGAAGAAACUCACCAGUGAGUUGGCUAAUCCACUCGCUAAGCUUUUCCAUACAUCCUUCGAGGCCGGAUGUCUGCUGGCCGACUGGAAGUCAGCGUGGAUUACGUCGCCGUAUGAGGGCGGAAGUUGGGUAUUUGCAAACAAGUACAGACCGAUCAGCCUUACCCCCAUUUGCUGCAAGAUUAUAGAGACAAUAACUAAGCAACAGUUAAUGUAGUUCCCUGAAUAAAGGCAUCUUCUUUCCGAUUUUCGGCAUGGAUUCCGCAAAGACAGGUUCUGUGUGACAAACUUGCUCUACCGUCUGGAACACUGGACUCGGGCUGUUGAUAGAGGGGAUAUGGUACAUGCGGUCUAUAUCGACCUCAAGAAGGCCUUCGAUAGUGUGCCUCACCAUCGCCUUCUGUACAAACUCAACCGUAUAGGCAUGCGAUGCAAUCUUCUGAUGUGGAUUCGAAACUUUUUACUCGGCGGCUCUUAAGCUGUCCACGUCGGUGACUAGCAGUCUGCGGAGGUUGCCGCUAAGCGUAGUGUUUCCCAAGGCUCCGUUCUUGACUCUACGCUGUUCAUUAUAUACGUCAAUGACUGUGCAAACGAAGUGAAUGGCGAUAUCGUAAUGUUUGCUGGUGAUAUAACUGCCUGGAGUACCAUAAGAAAUGAAAUUGACGAGGCGCGAUUGCAGACAAACCUAGACCGCCUCGAGUAAUAGUCAAACGACUGGCUUUUACCGUUUACCGCAAACAAGUGUAAAUUCCUACGGGUCGGCGGAAGCAGUUCUCCUAACCGCAUAGUCUGCCGCCCGACUGAAAAAUAAUUACAAGAAAUCAACGUUCAGAAGGACCUGAGUGUGUGGAUCACAACCUCGCUCAAGCCUUCCCUGCACUGCUCAAAGGUACCCAAGUUCGCGAUGUCCAUCCUAUACCUCGUCAAACGGGCAUUUUCUUACUUUUAUAAAGUUGGCUUCGUCAAGGUCUUUCAAACUUUUGUGUGACUGCAUCUGGAGUUUGCUAUCCAGGCAUGGAGGCCCUGGGUUGCUAAAGACCUUAACAUACUCCAAAAAGUUCAACGGCGUGAAACGAAACUUGUAACUGGACAGCGGCCACUACCCUACGAAGCGCGAUUAGCUAAUAUUGACCCCUUUCCUUGGAGUUACAGACAGCUACGUGGUGAUCUUAUACAAGAUUUUCGCAUCUUGCGCAAUCAGGACUGCUGUCUGGUAUCGGGAGACUUCUUCGAGUUGGCGACUAUGGCUAACUUGGGAGGCCAUCCACUCCAAAUACGUGUGACUGGUGCCCGGCUAGACACACGGAGGUGAUUCUUCGCCAACAGAGUGCUUGCAGCUUGGAAUGCUUUGUCUGAGGACGUUGUUUUGUCUGGAUCUGUAGAAACUUUUAAAAGGAGGUUGGAUAAACAUUGGGGUGCGCACCACAAUGCCACACGACCGCAACCGUCUUGAUAGCCAACGUUAACAAUUUAUUUUAUUAAUUUAGUGAACCAUGGCGCACACCUCGACUCGCAUUUAUCAUGAUGCUUAUAGACUACAAAUCUUAUUAAUUUUCCUGUAGCCUAGGUGUGCUUCAGAUAUCUACUGUAUUGAACCCCAAACAGAAUUCAUGUAUAAUGGUAGGGGGCGAUCACCGAUCGUUCAUACGGAACUCACUCGUUCCGUUGUGCCUUAAGGGCUCUCUCUCGAGCCCAACCAGCAGCCGCACAGGGGCGCAUGAUAUAUAGGCAGAAUGGUAUUACCGACAAAGGCAAGGGAGACUGGAAUGGCCAUUUCUGGCUCGAGAGAGAGCCCUUAAGGCAUAGCGGAACGAGUGAGUUCCGUAUGAACGAUCGGUGAGCGCCCCCUACCGUUGUAUAUUCCCGAUCGUAAACCGACAGGGCAACGGGCUCGUGGCCCAGUGAGUAGAGGCGUGGACUCCUAACCAACAGGUCGCGAGUUCGAGGCUCGGGUGUUCCACACUUCGGGCUUGGGUAUGGCUGACUGACGACGGCUAAUAAGCCAGAAAUGGCCAUUCCAGUCUCCCUUGUUUUUGUCGGCAAUACCAUUCUGCCUAGAAUUCAUGUAUCUUCUAAUACUGAAAACGCAUAAAAUACUGUGUUCAUCUGUACAGGUUUUGAUAUUCUCCUUGUGUUUCUUUCAUGUUGCUUCAUUUCCACUUUUCCGCAUACUUCCUCUACGUGUAGCAAAUGGGGAUUUCAAAGGUAUACACCUACUUCUUCUCGGAUAGACUGCAGUGAGCUGAAUUACUCGAAACAUCAGACUCCCCGUUGAACUCCUCUUCAUAUUUUAUCAUGCCACCAGCUAAUUACACUUUUACCACUAUUGGUGCGGAUUACGCGCCAGGCGCUUCAAAUGGGUCAUUGUUGCGAGAAACCUGUCCUCCGACAGGCCGUGACCCAUGCACAGCUCCAUUUCCUUUACAGAUGCCUGCCAACUAUGUUAUACUAAAAUGCCCCCGCUACUAGCCCCCUUUCAACACGGAGUUAGAAAAACAAACGACGGUUCGUCAUAGUCGGCGAAUGACAAGGGUGCUCAUAUAAGACUGUCACCUUCGGCUAGGGAAAUACGCAUGGUGUUGCGAAAUCCAAGAGGCUUGCUACACGCCGCUAUGAUAGAUCGACUGCUAUCACCUUGGAGAACACCCUAAUGUCAUUGGGAAAACAGAAGCAUGCUAACGGGGAUGCAGACUUAUCGGUAAAGUUAAUGGCACUGCAGAUCUCAAGAUCUCAGAAGACUGAACAAAGGUUAGUACACAACCUCCAGUAUAAAGGUCUUAUCGAGGUUCUAACACAAUUCUACAACGUUGAUCUGGUUUUAACACAACUGACGCUGAUCCGACUACCUUUAUUGCUUCUUUCGAAUAGGUGCUACGCCAAACGAAGUCACAGACAAGGCAGAGGACCUAUUUCACCGUCAUGUGCCUUCACUGCUCAUGUCGCGCCAAAAACCUUCUGCUGAGGGAGGAGCAAAAGGCUCUGAUGGAGUUAAAAACCGACACCGAAAUAGUUAUUCUGCCUGCUGACAAGGACCAGUUAACCGUUAUCCUCAACAAGGAAACUACUGAAGCAAAUUCCCCAUGCUCCUCAACGAUCGGGAGGCCUACAAAAUCAGCAACGCCGCCAGUGUAA